CGGCGCGCAUGAACAUGGCUAAUUGAGCAGCCGUCGCAGCCGCCAGCUUUCCCAUUAUCCUAGCGUCGCGCGUGUUCCAUUCGUUCACAAGCAAAAAAGUUUCCUGGAGGGGUGUGUAGUUGUCGUUGUUCUUUCCUCGAUCACAACCUCGUCGCCAAGGCCCCGUUGAAGAGUUGCGUCACUCCCUCACAAGCUUGCGAUCGCCGGGGAGAGAGAGAGAGAGAGAGAGAGAGAGAGAGAGAGAGAGAGAGAGAGAGCCCACACCUUCCAAUUACCACUGCUACAUUACCUUGCUUUACCUACGGAUACACUCUCUCGUCCUCCGAUCCUCGGGAUAAACCUUUACCACCGACACCGAGGUCGAAGAAUUUCCCUCUCCACAAGCUUUUUGCGAGGAGCCGGUCGACGAUCACAUCUCCUGUACACCGACAACCCGCCGCUCGCCGCUCGCCGCCCACCAUGUCCACAGAAACAGCCGACCAGGCGCCCGCCGUCUCCGACCUCCCCUCCGGCGACCCCGUCCCUCCACCCGCCGUCGCCGCCGAUUCCUCCUCCUCCUCCUCCAAACCGUCAUCAUCAUCGUCGUCGUCGUCGAUACCUGCGGCCCCGAAACAAAAAAAGCUUACCCUCCCCCAGAUCCUCGCCGCCCUCUCCCCCGGCAAUGUUGACACCUUCGUCGCCCACCUGAGCCGCUGCUUCCAGACCCCCUCGGGCAUCGACACCGUCCUCCUCUUCGUCUGCUACACCUCGCGCUUCUCCGCCUCCGUCCUCGACUCCCUUGGCGCCUCCGCCCUCCGCCGCUCCGCCCGCAAGCUCGUCGCCGUCGCCUUCGCCCUGCCCCCCGACACGACCAUUCUCCUCUCCAAGGCCCCGUCCGGCUCCUCCACCGCCGCCGCCUCGCUCGGCAUCCGCGUCGCCGGCCACCUCCGCGCCCUCGCCACCCUCCUCAGCGAGGCCCGCACCAUCAUGCGCCUGUGGUCGCUGCUGCCCCUCUACCUGUGGCUGCGCCGCCUCAUGACCACCCCCGCGAGGCCCGCCGCCGCCGACGCCGACGAAAAGGCCCAAGACCCAUCAGCCGCGGCGCUGGACAGGGCCAUCUCCUGGCUCCAGGUGACGGCGUGCCUGCUGCUGCAGUCGCUCGAGAGCUCGUCGUACCUCGCCUCCCGCGGCGUGCUGCCCAUGACCCCCGCCCAGCAGGGCAAAGCGGCCCGGUGGAGCGUGCGCUUCUGGUCCGUCUUCGUUGGCAGCGAGCUGGGCCGCCUCGCCGUCGAGGCCCUACGCCGCCGGAGCGCCGUCGCCAGCGGCCGCCAGGACGUCGCCAGCGCCGAGUACAGGGAGUGGUCCGACACCUGGACGCGCACCCUCGCCCGCCAGAUGUCGUGGUUCCCGCUCACCGUCCACUGGAGCAUGGACAAGGGCUUCGUGCCGGAGAUGGGUAUCGGUCUGCUGGGCAGCAUCCCAGGCAUCGUGCAGAUGCGCCAGUUGUGGAAGGAGACUGCUUGAG